GACGAUAACUGGAGAGCCUCGAAUUAUACAGCACGAUCGGUCUACCUGGCAAGGCGCGAAUAUAUCCUCGAAUCGGGCGAACUAGACACAGAUGGGCCCACAACUCAACAGCGACAAAAUAUUUUCUUUGCAAAUGAACAUUAUGUUAUUCUGGCACUUGAUAGACUCCCCUCUAUGGUCAACGAAUUCAAUACUAUUCGAAGGCAUGCCGUUGAGAUUAUCAAGUCGACAGAUCCUAUGUCGAGUGAGCGGGCUAUCAGGUUCGGAUACCUCGGCGAUCAGGCAAUAGAUUUCUCUGAACUACGGCGGAAAUGCUGCGAAGCUGUUUAUGCGGCUUUCACCGCUGCAGACUCUGCAUGUGACGAUCUUGGGAAUCCGGAAGAAAAUAAUGCCCCAGAUGAGCCUGGUAUGAAGACAGAGGAGACUUCGGCGCCAAAGGGCAGAGCAGAGGACAAGGAUGUGCCACGUAGAGGCUCACAUUGCUGCUCUGUAGCCCUCAACAUAGCCGCUCGUGUGCUAGAAGCAUCGACAGCAAGGGAAAUGGCCCAAAAUUCUUUGAGUGGCGCUCAUCUGGACGACCUUAUUUUGAUCAUCGAGACGCAUAAGCCACCAACCCAGAGUCAGCCAUGGGAGGCUGAUAUGCCAGAAAAACCGGGGUACCAUCAUGUUUACGCACUAUUAGGCUGUCUCAUGGCCACCGCAUACGUCCGCCACUGCUUCGCCAUUGAGACCAUGUAUCUCGAUCGAGCUAUCAGCAACCUCGAUAUCGCAGUCCUGAAGAUGCCGGAAACCCCAUUCAAAAAAUUUCGCCAGGAUCUACGAGAGGUGCGCAACGAAGUACAGCGAUUGCAGGUUUUCUUCCAACGCAUCGAGAUGGAGGACGACCCGGCGAUAGACUCUUUCCUCUGUGCUGUUUGCCUAGACCUUAAGCCCACUGUCGGCUUUCAUGAUACAGAGUAUCCAUAUCACAGGAUGGAAUUUGGAAGGAUUUGCCAGAAAGCCACAAUGAGGUGCAGAAGCUGUGCAAUUUUAAGAGAUUCCACCGCUUCGAUGUACCCGCUCUUCGGUAUGUCAUGGCCAGACAUCCAAGGACUCAACUACAGCAACCGCUCUGUUGGCACUGUAGCUCCUUGGGAUAUUAUUGGAAUUGGAACUCGUAUUCAACACGAUGUUACCUCACCAGAAGCCUGGGAUAUGAUACGCGGCUGGAUUGGAGAUUGUAUCAACAAUCACGAGGAUUGUAAGGCUGCUAGCGAAGACAGGCCGUUUCCAACUUGUGUGGUGGCUGUUGGGGACGACGAGACAGAACCACAUUUAUUUAUACCCAACUCCGACGAUCACGGUCGAUACAUCGCUCUUAGCCAUUGUUGGGGUGACGUGAUGCCUCUCAAGACCACCAAAGCCUGCUUCGCCGAAUUCUGCCAAAGUAUCGACUUUGCGCGAUUCCCGAGGACGUUCCAAGAUGCCAUAAUCGUCUGCCGGAAACUCAACAUCAAGUACCUAUGGAUAGACUCGCUCUGUAUCAUUCAAGAUGAUGAACACGACUGGGCUGUUGAGUCACCCAAGAUGUGCGAUGUCUAUCAGAAUGCGUAUCUAACCAUUGCUGCGGCCGCAGCACACAACAGCAGCAAGGGUCUCUUCCACUCGCGGCCCUUCAGUGCUCAAACGACCUUUACUACCGUGUCGAAGAAUGAUGAUAAAGUCGAAGAGGUUGAGAUUUUUGCGAGGCCGUGGAAUUCGCAGGGGCACUGGAUCGAUAACAUCGGCGACGGGCCGUGGUGCCGUAACCACAACCCACUUGAGAAGAGAGCAUGGACGCUACAAGAGCACGUGCUAUCUCGUCGAAUCCUCCGCUUUGCCGCCCAUGAGCUAGUUUGGCAAUGUCGCGAGGUGCAUCUCUGCGAGUGUCGUCCAGGUUCACACCUAAGCAAAGAGUCGCUCAGGCUCAUCAACAUGGACGCCAUGGUAGCGGGAACCAAGCCUUCGUAUAUGGCACGGGUCAUGAAUCCGCUGGUUGUCUGGCUGGAGAUUAUC